UCCGCGGAGUCGACAGAAGCAGUUUUUUCUGUUUUUCAGGGAUAUAGUGGAUAUAGUAUUUUCAACCUGACUUCCGUUUCACCUGAAAACUGAAGCACGGACUCCGCUCAAGUACAGUGGGUGGCCACCUGUCCUUUCACACUCCAUUGGUACUUCCGCUGUAAGUCUGCGAGGACGUCGUCAACACUUCCGCGGAGCAGUCGACAGGGACCAGCGAAAACGACUGUUCCUUGGUCAAACUCCACGGCAUGAUGAAGACACAGGGUGUAUUGGUGGGGGUGUCUCUGCUGACUAGCGUAGCUCUGCUGGGACUGAUAAACGUGCGGCGGAAAGAAGAGAUGAAGGAGCAGAAACAUGUAUCGUUCGAGACGAUUAAACUGCGUGUGACCAGAGACGUACUGGGAGAGUACCAACACGAGGUGAUCAGAGCUCACAACCUGCUGGACAAGACCAAGGCUCAGGUGGAUACUCUGGGGUCAGAACUCCCCCCACUGCAGGCUGCAGAGGCCAAGAAGAAGAGUGAACUGGAGGUAUGCCAGGGAGAAAAGAAACAUGUUGCUGAUGAGGUGGGGGCCGUUGAGGCAGAGAACAGUAACUCCAAAACUGAGUUUGAGAAGCAAAAGGCUGCCUGGGAAGCAGAGAUGACGUCUCUCAAACAGCAAGUGGUGCAGCGCAGCAAAGUGUGUGUCUUUGUGAAGAAGGACUCUGUAGAGGGAAGGAAACUGUGUGGAGAUGAACCGCCUAAACAAGAGGCCGCUCCAAAACCAGAUGCCCCCAAACCAGAAGAAUCCAAACCAGAUGCUCCCAAACCUGAUUCUCCUAAAGAAGCCCCUAAACAAGAGGCCGCCCCCAAACCAGAAGAACCCAAACCUGAGGCCCCAAAGAUGAGAUGAGCAGAGCUGGGGAUGGACGAAGAGAACGGGAAGAGCAACGUGGAAUCAAAGAAAAGAAAUAAGGCAGAUGAAAAUUGGAGACCUUCUGCAGGACAUUUCUCUGUUCCUUUUUAAACUCGUUAGAACUUGUCCUUCAUGCUACUUUAGUGUCUAUUAACUACCAUCUAACAUGAGUGGAUAUUGAAUACUGUUUGUUAACCUUGUCCAUUCCUCUCUCUCAGUAUGACCCUCCCUCGGGGGGUGUUUGUGUGUGUGAUUUGAACAAAUGUUUAUGUGUCACCAGUAUCGACCAAUUGGAAAGUCCAGAGCCUCUCUCUGUCACUCCUCAUCAUCCUCACUCUGUUACCCUGGUGACGGUAUUAUGCAGUGGUGGCGACCAUAGCAUUGACCAAUCAAAAGUCGUGGAUUAAACUAAAGGUAUUUCUGUUUGUCUGAUUCUGAUGUAAUAAAGCUUAACCCUAAAGGAAAGUUUUGAAUGUGUGAAUGUGGAUUUUAGUAACUAUUGAUACAGAACCAUUUCAUAUUUAAUGUGAGCACAAACAAUGGCAUUAUUUACUGUAUGUUCUGAUUCCCUCCAUCUUUAAACAUUUCAAGACAAAUAACAGCUGCUGAAGAUCUGUUAAGAGUAUCACAAUGAUGUAAAACUCAUAUAGAAUGAAGUCACCUGAAAUUAUUGGCACCCUUGAUAAAGAUGAGCAAACAGUACUUUAUAAUACAAAUAUUAAGCUAUUGUGUAUAUUGCAUGCUCAAAUAAAAUAUUUAUAGUACUACAA